AUGUCUCAGUCUCGCGUUCUCCCCAUGCUCGGUGCCGGCGUUGUCGGUCUCGGCGGUUACUACAUCUGGAAGUCCGGCGGCAGCCCCUCCGCUGCUGAGAAGAAGUUUGAGGCCGACCUCCACCGCGGCGCUGCCAAGCUCAAGUCCGAGAUCCCUCGCACUUCGCAGACCGACGCUCGCUCAGAGGGCGCCGAGUACGGCAAGCAGAUCGGUAGUAAGAUUGAUGAGGCUGUCUCCCAAGCAGACAAGACCUACUCAUCAACCAAGUCCCAAGCCGAAGCGCUCGCCAAGGACACCAAGGCCGAAGCGCUCAAGAGGGUUGACCAGUUCGACCGCACCGUGGAGCAGAAGGCUGCCGAGGUCAAGUCUGGCGUUUCCGGCUGGUUCGGUAGCGGCAACUCCAAGUAA